GAUAUUCGCUUCUGGGAGGCCGAGGCCCACCCGCACGAGGACCAUGACCACUACCAUGGCUUCGUGCGACAGCAGGUUCGGGAGAAGAUGGAUCAGGCGUCCGAGGAGUUGGACCAUGCCUUGGAGAUGCAGAAGGUCUACCGACACAUGGUCCAACGCCUUUUGCGGGAACAGAAGAUCCUGCAGCAGAAGGUGAUGAUCAUGGAACACCAUUUGAAUCGCAAGACUCGAGAGGUGGAGACCAAGCAGAACUUCAGCCGUCGCGUGAAUGAGGAGAAGGUGGGGCAGAUGGUGAAGUUGGAAGUCCUGGAGCAGGACAUGCACCUGGAACGGAUGAUCUGCACCACGGCCCUCAGCGACCUGUCGGCCGCCAUCGAGCAGCGGCGCCAGGAUGUGAAUCAGGGGGAGGACUUUGAGAAUUGGCGCUAUGAUGUCGCCCUGGAGGCGGCCACGGAGGCCUUCGAGGCGAUGGCGGGGCGCUAUAGGAAAAUUUAUGCGAUCGAAAAGCUCACAGGCAACUGUCUUCAGCGGCUGACCUUCGACCAGGCUGAACAGAGUCAGGCCACGGAGGAUGGCUUUCAGCGGAUCCGCGAGGUCACGGGGCUGACGGAUGUGAUGGACAUCGUCCACAAGUUCUUGAACCGCGAUGUGGAGCAUGAACAGCUCCGCUGCACGGUGCGCGAGUCGGAGGACCAUCUGCGGCAGCUCCGAGAGGAGGAGGCCGGACGUCCUCGAGAGAAUGUACUGGUCGAUGCAAAGCCGGAGACCAGAGGUUUAGGCGCCGAGGUGGUGGAGUGCGAGCAGCUCUUGGACGACGUCCGACGCGACCACGACGAGAUCCAGGAGCACUUGAAGAAGAGCACGCUCUUGGUGGAUAGCCUCACCCGCUGGGCGCAGAAGCUUCGGAAGUCUCUGGCCCCCAUUCGAGAGUUGCCGGCGGCGCACCAGUCGUGGGGGGAGAAAGCAACGGGACAUGGGAGGGGGGAGCAUCGGACGGAAGCGGGGAGCGGGACAUGGGAGGGAGCGGGUCGCUUCACAUAG